AUGGACUUCUCCAACAUCUUUCGGCUGGUCAACCUGGUUGUGGGAGCGAUCAUGGUUCUCGGAGGAAUCAGCCAGUUCUUUCCCAUUGGAUUCCGAAGUAUCAUCGUGGGCAUCUAUGUGAUCAUCUUCGGGCUGGCUGUCGCCGGUCUCGAAAUGCUGCCACAAGUCCCACCAUACCUCCCCAAAUAUGCCAGCUUCCUGUUUUCCUUCCUCGGUCGCGGCAUCUUCUACAUCUUCGUUGGCUGCAUCAUCCUUGAGGGGCACCUUUUGCGAAUCAUUGCUGGUACCAUUAUUGCUGUCAUUGGCGUCGGUUACUGUGCGCUGGAGUUUGCGCCCUCGAUUGAGCCACCAUCCAACAUGCGGGACGCCGAUGCUGGCUGGGGCGCUGAACAGGUCUAA